AAGCAGUCUAAGAAAAAAUCUAAGUCAUAUAAAUCUGUUAAGCAAACUAACAAGACAGAUAUUAAAAAGCCUGUAUUUAACUCUAGUAAUACUAAACAAAGUGAGCAAAGCACUUUUGAAAAUACAAUCCGCAAGAUUAUUCAAAGUGAACUUAAAUUAAUUUUUCCUGCACUUAUUACUUAA